AAAUCAGAGAGAGAAAAAGAGUGAGAGAGGAAAAAGAGAGCACACAUACACAGAGAACAGAGAGAGAGAGAGUGCAAGAAACACAGAGGAGAGUGUGUCUGUUCUGGUACUGAAAACAUGUAAUGUAUGAAGGGGAGGGCAGCGGGUGAAUUCGAACCUGUGACUCUGCGUCAGAAUGAGAUCUCUCAAACACCUGAAGCCACAGACCAAGAAAAAUGUGGAGGAGAAGACACAGCGGCUGGUCAGAUGUUACUCUGAGGCCAUGCACCAGCAGAUGGAUGUAGGGACACAGACAGACCCUGUGGUGGUCCUGUCGCUGGCCCAAGCUGCUGUGUUGGGACUCAUUUCCCAGAACGAGGUCUUUGGUGCCACCAUCGCCCCCAACGGCUUUUACACCGGAGACCCCAAAGAGUCCCCUGCUCCGCCAGGUGAGAGAAUGGACUACGAGUACGCCGACCAGCUUAUAGGUGCCAACGGUGACUAUCUUGGGGAGAAUUUGGGUGAGGAUGGGCACAUGCACUCCAGCUGUGCUGAGAGAAGGUGGCAGGGUCAAUCCGAGAACAGCAAACCCCCUAUAGGGCACCAAGACAUGGCAUCGCACGUUAAAGGAGAAGCCGUUACCCCAGGUUUGCCCUCCUGCACUCACAUGAUGAACAACAUGGUGUCCAGAGAAGGCAUGCAAAUGGUCGAUCCCUCCAGCUAUAGGGUCCUGCCCAAAGCCCAACCCAACAACUGCUGCUCCACCUGUGUCCGAGACCCCAAGAGUACGCAUCCUCCACCCGAUCCACAUUUACACCCUCAUCCCCAUGGCCACGCACCUCAUGAGGUACCUUCACGCAACAGGGGCCAAACACAUGAAAAAGGAGUAGAUGAGGUAACUGAGGUCAGGGAAAAUGGGAGAAAUGGUAUGGGGAAAGCAGGAACCGGUGGCGAGGAAAUUAGCAGUUACUUUCAGCCGAGCGAGGCUGGCUAUGAAGGUGGCGAGAUGGAAGGAGUCGGAGACUUCGAUGAGAACAAUGAGGCGAUGUUCUGGACAGAGCCAGUGGAAGAAGAGGCACCCCGUGGGCGCCGUAUUGACCGACUGGACAUCAACAUCCAGAUCAAUGAGUCAUACUGCGUGGACGUCGGCGAGGGCCUCAAGCGCUGGAAGUGCCGCAUGUGCGAGAAGUCGUACACCUCCAAAUACAAUCUGGUCACACACAUUCUGGGCCACAAUGGCAUCAAGCCACAUGCAUGUCCUCACUGCGGAAAACUCUUCAAGCAGCCCAGCCACCUACAGACGCACCUGCUGACGCAUCAGGGCACACGGCCACACAAGUGCACAGUGUGCAAGAAGGGCUUCACCCAGACCAGCCACCUGAAGCGGCACAUGCUGCAGCACACCGAUGUUAAGCCCUACAGUUGCCGUUUUUGUCGCCGUGGUUUUGCAUACCCUAGUGAACUCCGUGCUCAUGAAGUAAAGCAUGAACGAGGUCGGUGCCAUGUUUGCUCGCAGUGCGGAAUGGAGUUUCCCACUUACGCCCACCUGAAGCGUCAUCAGGUGAGCCACCAAGGGCCUUCCACCUUCCAGUGUAGCCAGUGCAACAAGUCUUUUGCCUACCGCAGCCAGCUGCAGAAUCACCUGCUGAAGCACCAAACACAGCGCUCCUUCUCCUGCAGUCAGUGUGGCCUGCAGUUUCUUCAGCUGCAUCAGCUACGCCAACACUCCCUCACACACAAGACAAACAAGCCUCAGGCCCGUGCUACUAAGGGAAUAAAAGGGUUUAAGUGUGAUGUAUGUGCCAGAGAGUUUACAUUGUCUGCAAACCUGAAGAGACACAUGUUAAUCCACGCCAGUGUCCGGCCAUUCCAGUGUCAUGUGUGCUUCAAAUCUUUUGUCCAGAAACAGACCCUCAAAACUCACAUGAUCGUACACCUGCCUGUGAAACCCUUCAAGUGCAAGGUGUGUGGAAAAUCAUUUAAUCGAAUGUACAACCUCUUGGGCCACAUGCACCUCCAUGCAGGCAGUAAACCCUUCAAAUGUGCAUACUGCUCAAGUAAAUUUAACCUGAAGGGAAAUCUUAGCAGACACAUGAAAGUCAAACAUGGAAUGGACGUCUCUCCAGAUGGACAAGAUGGCCCGCCCGACAUGGAGCCCCAUGAGGACUAUGAGGAUGAGAACUUCAAUUUUACAACACCAGAGAAUAUGGAAAAUAAUGAUGCGCCAAACCUAACUAAGCUCUCCGAGGUUGCCAUCCAGGAACUUGACUAUUAUAACUUUGGAAAAGAUGUGGGAAACUACAGUACAGGAUAAAGAAAUACUGUCUGAAUUACAAGUAACAAAUGGCCUGUGCUGGCACUUAUCAAACAUGAGGUGAUUGAGAUGUUCCUCUUUGAGAACCACUGCUACCCUUUUUGAAGUUGUUGAUGAGCAGGUAGUUGGAGUUCAUCUUGACCUCCUGGGGUUGAUUUAAUGAGGUAGCCACUCCAGUUCUGUCUCUAAUUAAAAAGGCACUGGUAGUUUUGCGAAGAGUCCUUUGACUCGAUCCAGCUCGAACAAACAUCAACGCUGUAUUUUUAGUAUGUUGUGAAUCACAUGGUUACAUUAAUAACCAAAACAUUAGCAGCAUAAAAUGCUGGUGCAUACACAUACAGUCUCGUGUAACGUAAUACACACUGUCCUCCAAAUAUAACUUUGUUUGGGAAUAUGGGAAUAGCAGGUGCAUGCAGCCUUGUGGCCUUCAUCUGUGUGGUACCUCAAAGCAGUCGAUUUACUUAUUUUCAUUUACAUUGCCUUUACUUACAGCAGCACACAUAAACACAAACUCAUAGCAUAAAACAAAAAACAUGUAAAGCCUAUGUAAAUGGUUGGAUAUCUGCAUGAGUUGAUAGGCUUGUGUGGGUAAAAAAAAAAAAAAAGAGGAAUAAAGAGUGAGUGUGUGCCUGGGCCGUGUACCAAAGCUACUGGAGAAUUACGGUUCUGUUAUAUUGAUUUGCUAUUUAUUUUGCACUUUGAAAAAGCCAAUUAAUUACUUCUGAUGAGCCUCUUUCGUCACUGACUGUUUGAGUUCUGGUAAAACUAAAAGAGAUAAGGCCUGUGUCCCAUUCGUAAGAAGCGGUUUCUUAAGACAACUCUGUAGAUUCGUAAAUAAACUUUUUUUUUUAAAGUUG